AUGUGGUAUAUGUGUAAAGACCGACACCUUGUAGCAGAAGAAUUCAAUCAGUAUUUUUCCUCUGUCGGUCGCAACACCGCUAAAGAAGCUAUGCGCCUUGCAGAUGUGCACAAUGGAAAUAUUUUAUCAAAUCCUACACCCAUACCUAUCAUAGUUGUCGCAGUAAACCAGUUCAACCUCAGGCCAGUCUCGAGCGCAACGGUUCGCGCUAUUAUAAUCUCCAUGCCUUCAAAUAAAUCUCCUGGUCCAGAUAAAAUUAACAUCCGGGUUAUCAAAGACUGUCUCCAUGUUAUCUUGGAACCCCUAACUAGCAUAAUAAACCGCUCGCUCACCACCUCUGAGUUCCCAGAUGCAUGGAAAAUAGCCGAAUUAAUACCAUUGUUGAAAGAGGGAGAUCACGAAGUGCCUUCAAAUAACCAACCUCUUUCGCUUCUUAACGUUGCCUCCAAUGUUUGUGAGAGAGUAGUUCUUGAUCAGUUCAGUUGCUAUCUAAUGGAAAAUAAUCGCCUUUCUCUGCGCCAAAGUGGUAACAGGAAAAAACACUCUACAGAGAUACUCAACAUAUCGGUCAGUGAUAAAAUCUUGGAGGCUAUGGACAAGAAGAAGCUGUCAGCACUCAUCCUGUUAGACCUUUCCAAAGCUUUCGACAGCGUUAGUCAUACCAUCUUACUUCAAAAGCUUAGUCGUGUGGGUGCGUCGCCAGACAUGGUAAAUUGGUUUUGUAGUUAUCUUUCUCGUAGAAGUCAGUACGUUCGCAUUGGAUCUGCAGUGUCCUCGCUUCUCCCCAUCACGCAUUGUGUGCCACAGGGUGCCAUUCUAUCGCCUCUGUUGUUUAGUAUAUAUGUGAACGAUCUACCUCAGGCACCGCAAACAUCCAACCUUGAUUCUUACGUAGACGACUCGAAAGUCCUAUUAUAUUUUCUCAUUAAAGACCUGGACCAAGCAACCAUAAAUCUAGAACAAGACCUUGCAAGAGUUGCCAACUGGUGUUCUACAAACCAACUACUACCUAACUCUUCGAAAACCAAAUUUAUCCUUAUAGGAACCCAACAAUUAUUGCAGAGACUCCCUAAGGAAAUGUCGCUGACCUUUCUUGGAGAAGUCAUUAAACCUGUUACGUCAGCGAGUGAUUUAGGUGUUACUCUUGAUACCCACCUCACAUUUGACUCCCACAUUACCAAAGUUGUUUCAUCCUGUAUGUCGAAACUAUGCCAGAUCAAUGGGGUCAAAAACAGUUUUGAUCAUAAAACGCUACUUCUGAUUAUUUCAUCAUUGGUCAUGAGUAAGCUUUUGUACUGUUCGUUGGUAUGGGCCAACACGAGCAGCAAAAACAUAGAAAAACUGCAAAAG